AUGCUAUUGAAUAUUGAACUCGAAUUAGUAAUUAGUCGAGUAUUAAGAUAGUAGAGAGGAUAUUAUAACUUAGUUGGAGUUGGAGAUUCAGAUAACCAUCUACCUUAGUUUGAGUUGAAGGUUCGGAGAACAAUCAUUAACUCAACUUGGAGCAGCUUUAAAUGGUUGUAAAAUAGAGACUAUUGAGAGUAAGAAGAAUUGUGGUAAGAAAUAAUUUAUGAAAAUGAUGCACUUAUUUGGAAUAUAUAAUAAACUUAUUUCAUUUCAUUUUCAGAAACAUAAAUUUUAUAAGAAGGUUUUCUAGAAGAUGUAAAUAACCUACUUAAUUCCGGUGAAAUACCAAAAUAUGUUGACUAUGGAUGAUUUAGAUAUCAUUAAUUAAGGAUUAUUAGCAGAAGUUAGAGAAUCUAGAAUUAAUAAUAUAUAUCCUUAAGUCAGAAUCUCAUAAAAAAUCAAGAAAUUUUUUGAAGAGAACAUAAUAGAAGUAUCAAAAUUUUUACAAAAUGAUUUUUUGAAGAUUUAUUACAAAACGAUAUAAAAGAUAUCUUAGAAAUUAUAAAUCAAUUGA